GAAUACGAGAGCAAGAUGCGCGAAACAAUUUGAGGCGCUCGGGGCGGAAUCUUGGCGUCGGAUGCUUGGCAACCGUGAUCAGCAACUAUGCCGAGUACCUGCGCCGCCGUAAAGCUUUCAAUCAACUCUACGGCCAAAGAGCUCAUGAAAGACCAACUCACAACUCCCAGACAAUGCCGCCUCGACUGCACCUGCGGCUCUCGCCGUCAACGGCGCUGCGUUCCGAUGUCGUCAAAAUAAGUCCCGCAGAUACAAACUCGUCCAUUCCUGCGUUUCUCCUCCCUUUCCUCCAGCCUCAGGCCCAGAGAUUUCCCCAAUGUCGACAUGCCUCGAUCCUCACCUCCCUAUCCGAUCGGCCAGGCGCCUAUAACAAGAAAAUUCGCCGUGGACGUGGUCCCGCGUCUGGAAAAGGAGGCAAAUCCGGUCGUGGGUCUGAUGGGCAGAAACAGCAUGGCAAAGUGCCCGCAGGGUUCAACGGUGGUCAGACACCCGAACACAUCGUCCACGGAAAAUAUGGGUUCAAGAAUCUAUUUGCCAAUGAAAUGUCCCCCAUCAAUCUGGACAAAAUACAAACCUGGAUCGACCAAGGCCGCCUGGACCCCUCCCGUCCGAUUACUCUGAAGGAACUCUGCUCUUCGCGCGUCCUGGGUCGCAUCAAAGACGGCGUGAAACUACUCGGAAGCGGGGCUUCGGAACUCAAAACACCCAUCCACAUCGUCGUGUCGAGGGCGUCGCAAUCUGCCAUUGCGGCAGUGGAAGCUCUGGGCGGAACGGUGACGACACGCUUCUACACCGCGCAGGCGAUCCGUCGUAUAAAAGACAGUCAAACCCACCCUUUCCUCUCUCUGCGCUGGGAUCCUUUGGCGCUGAACAACCCGAACCUGGCAGUGGAAGGGGCCGAGCUGGCCGAGAACCGUGCCAGGGGCAUGGGCUUUCCUUAUAGACUACCGGAUCCAAGCUCACGGAAGGAGCUAGAGUACUACAGGGACGCGAAGCAUCGCGGUUAUUUGAGCCACAUGGUCAAGGAGGGCGAGAGCGCCAGUCUGUAUUUCAAGCCACCAAUCAGCGAAGAAGAGCUGAAGGCCCUGAAAAGAGAGAGUGCCAGGGGCGGCAGGGCCGCGAAAAGGAAGGAAGGAGACAAGUUGUGGUAAAGAAAGGUGGAAUACGUGUAUUAUUUAUACAGCGGCAUGUUCUUUUCGGCGACGCCUUUCUUCGCGAGCUGGAAAGAAAAUGCACAGAGAGCACUGAAGAUGGGACUUUUGUAUAAAGGUAGCACAGAAUCUCCAAAUGGAGAGUCCGUGACUCUACGCGUCUUGUAGAAUUCGAGGGGAAAGCAGGCAAGCGAAUUUCCGCUAGAUCUUGACAGACACGGGGCGUUUUCGUACCUCGAUAAAUCUCACAAGGAGAGCCCGGUAUCCCAGAUCAAGGUCCGGCCAUGCCCGACAACAGGCGUGCAACAAUGAGGUAUUUCAGCAUAAAGGAUAAACAAUAAUGGUACCAUACAGUGCUCGGCCCCUCC